UCCAAAACAUCGGUUUUAUUCGAUACAUCAAAUAGCAAACAUCGAUGAUUCCGAUGAAUCGAUGUUUUUGUUUGCAUUUCUAAGAAGUGUGAUUUGAGAAGUUUAUAGAUACCAUAAUGGGGAAUGCACCAGUAAAAGAAGUAGCGCAGGCAGCCGCAAAUAGUGUCACUGGCGCUUCACAACCCGCGGAAAAACCCAAGUGCAAAGCAUGUUGUGCCUGUCCAGAAACCAAGAAAGCCCGUGACGCAUGCAUUGUAGAGCGUGGCGAGGAAAACUGCACAGGUUUGAUAGAGGCGCAUAAGCAAUGCAUGCGAGCGCAAGGCUUUAACAUAUAAACAAACUACUAUCGACAUGUAUUGACUAAUACAGUUGCGAAUGCUACUUAAGUUAAACUUAUAAAUAGUUUUGUCUCUGGAAGUUGGGAGCUCUUUUAUGCAGGCCUAGGCAUGCCAUCAACGAAUGCAUACGCUUAUAUCUUGUAAAUUAUAAUCUAUUUGUUACUUGUUAUUAUGUAAUCAGCCAAUGAAUGCAAUUAAUGUGUGAGAAUCGCAUUAUGAAUAGAAAUGAAAUUAAAACUUGUUUAAAACAAAU